UUUCCGGUAUCACCUGAAGACAGACAGGACACUAAAAGCGAUGCCACCCCACCUGUACCCGUUGUGGAGGAAAAGGCGCAGCGCAAACCGCAGCCCGGAGCCGCGCUCCGCACAGCCAUGCGUGAUCACUCCAGACAGGUCUGCGUGAGGGACUGAAGAGGAACAAAGUGAACGAUUCUCCCCGAUUCUCCCUGGAUCUUUUAUCUGAGAGAUGGUUGCAAGAAAUAUUUACCAAACAACUGUCUGGAUUUAUGUGAAGUAAACUUUUGGAGCGACAGCCGGGAUUAGUGCAGUUUGAUCUGGUGGUUCGGUGAAGAUCACAGUACGAUAAUGGGGAAGCGGCUACUUGUGCUGCUCCUGCAGCUUUUCUAUAGUUGUGUGGAGAACCAAAGGAUUGCAAGGGCCGCCUCCAUUCAGUUUACCCACUCUGUUUACAAUACCACUAUAUAUGAGAACUCUGCAGCUAAGACUUACUUAGAGAGUCACACCAAGAUGGGGAUCUAUUUCGCAGACCCAACAUGGGAGAUACGGUACAAAAUCAUCUCGGGAGACAAUGAGAACUUAUUCAAAGCAGAGGACUACCAACUAGGAGACUUCAGUUUUUUGCGUAUAAGGACCAAAGGAGGCAGCACAGCCAUUCUGAACAGGGAAGUUAAAGACCACUAUAUGCUUACUGUUAAAGCUUCAGAGAGGAACACCAAUUUGGAGUGUCGCGCUAGAGUGAAGGUGCAGGUACUAGACACCAAUGAUCUGAGGCCUCUCUUCUCACCAACGUCCUAUAGCAUCUCUCUACCAGAGAACACAGCCAUACGCUCAAGUGUGGCCAAGGUCAUGGCAACUGAUGCAGACAUCGGUACAAACGGAGAAUACUAUUACAGUUUCAGGGAGUGGACGGACAUGUUUGCUGUACAUCCAACAAGUGGUGUGGUGACACUGACUGGCAAACUGGACUACUCUGAGACAAAGCUGUACGAGUUGGAAAUCCUGGCAGUGGACAGAGGGAUGAAGCUGUACGGCAGCAGUGGGUUCAGUAGUAUGGCCAAACUUGCCGUUAGGGUGGAGCAGGCCAAUGAGCAUGCACCUGUAAUCACGGCAAUAACCCUGGCGCCCUCUGAUGCAGACCAUGACCCUACAUAUGCCAUUGUGACGGUGGAAGACAAAGACCAAGGACCAAACGGAGAGAUAGCAUCUUUGAGUAUUGUGGCCGGUGACCCUCUUCAGCAGUUCAAGGCUGUAAGAACCAGCCCUGGGAGCAAGGAGUACAAAAUAAAAGCCGUCAAAGAUGUGGACUGGGACAGCCAACCUUUUGGUUACAACCUCACAUUACAGGCAAAAGACAAAGGCACCCCACCUCAAUUCUCAUCAGCUAAAUUGGUACAUGUUACCUCUGCUCAAUUCCAAAAGGGUCCUCCUGUAUUUGAAAAGGCAGUUUACAGAGUCAAUCUGAGUGAAUUUGCCCCGCUUCACACACCUGUCACUAUGGUAACAGCUGUGCCCAAGUAUCCUCAUCUACAAUAUGCUUUUAAACACAGCCCCGACAAGAACAGAUUUACCAUCAAUCCAGAUACUGGCUUAAUUAGCACAACAGGACCAAUCAAUGCUAAUACUUCCCCCCCACAAUUUGAAAUAGAAGUGAUCACUAGUGACAGAAAAGCAACCACAAAAGUGAUUGUUGAUGUGAUCGAUGUAAAUAAUAAUGCGCCUGAGUUUCAGCAGACAUCUUACAAGGCCAGUGUUGAUGAGAAUGUACCUGUUGGGACCAGUGUGGUAACAGUGAAAGCCACUGAUCUAGACAGAGGGGAGAAUGGUUAUGUGACCUACAGCAUUACCAAUCUCACUCCCCAGCCAUUUGUCAUCAACUACUUCUCUGGUGUCAUCAGUACUUCAGAGGUCCUCGAUUAUGAGCUCAUGCCCAGGAUUUAUAACCUCAAAGUCAGGGCAUCAGACUGGGGCUCUCCUUUCCGCAGGGAGGUAGAGGCAUCAGUAACCAUAAUGCUCAACAACCUGAAUGACAAUAAGCCCUUGUUUGAAAAUGUUGACUGUGAAGUGACUGUCCCCAGAGAUCACGGCGUGGGAGAGCAGAUAACAACAGUAUCUGCUAUAGAUGCUGAUGAGCUGCAGCUUGUGCGCUACAUUAUAAAAGCUGGAAAUGAUCUUGAUCUGUUUGAACUGAACCCAAACUCUGGCCUGCUUUCACUAAAACACCCGCUGAGUGAGGGAGAGGCAGCUAAAGUAUCCUUUCAUCAUUUACAGAUUGUAGCGACUGAUGGCGAACACGAGACUCAGCCAAUGAUCAUGAACAUAACCGUCAUCACUGCACGCAAGCCUGUCCAGCUAAAAUGUGUCGAAACAGGUGUUGCUACUAUGUUGGCUGAAAAACUACUUCAGGGCAGCAAAAUACACACCCAAACUGAGCCGGAUGAUAACUUUAUGGACUUUCACUCAAUUAACCGGUAUGCUCCUCAGUUUGUUGAUGCUUUCCCGAGUGUUAUCGAAGUUAAAGAGGACCUCCCCGUUGGAGCCCGAAUUGUCCAUUUAAGUGCCACAGACUCAGAUAGCGGCUUCAAUGGCAAAUUAGUGUACGUUAUAUCAGGAGGGGACACAGAAAGCUGCUUUACUGUAGACAUGGAAACAGGUUGGCUUUUGGUUUAUUCCCCUCUUGAUCGGGAAACGACAGACCACUACACCCUCAAUAUCACAGUUUAUGAUCUUGGAAUACCACAGAAAUCCUCAUCACGCCUCUUGGAUGUGAAAAUCUUAGACGCCAAUGAUAAUAGCCCUCAGUUUUUGCAAAAUUCGUAUUCAGUUGAAAUAAGCGAGAGCACGCCUGUCGGGACAGAUAUUAUCCAGGUAGAUUCAACAGAUAAGGAUCAAGGUGAUAACGGAAUCAUCAAAUACUCAAUUUUGGGAGGCACGGAUCAUUUUGUGAUCAAUGAGGGAACUGGUGUGGUGACUGUGACAAAACCAUUGGAUCGUGAGCGCUAUCCAUAUUAUAAUUUGAAGAUUGCAGCACGUGACCAGGCAGUUAGCGAGCCUCAGUUAGUGUCCACGGUACCUCUUAAAAUCAUCUUGGAAGAUGUGAAUGACAAUCCACCUAAAUUUGUUCCUCCCAACUACCGCGUGAAGGUGAGGGAGGACCUUCCUAUUGGUACUGUAAUUAUGUGGCUGGAGGCUCAUGACCCUGACGUCGGACCUUCCAGUCAAGUACGAUACAGCCUUAUUGAUAAUGGAGAUGGAAAUUUUGAGCUGGACAAACUCAGCGGUGCUCUUCGGAUUGUUCAGAAUCUGGACUAUGAGAAAAAACAGGUGUAUAAUCUGACAGCUAAAGCUAAAGACAAAGGGAAGCCAAUAUCUUUGUCUACAACCUGCUUCAUCGAGGUGGACGUGGUGGAUGUGAAUGAGAAUCUCUACCGUCCUUUGUUCCGAUCGUUUGUGGAAAAGGGAUAUAUAAAAGAGGAUGUUCCUGUUGGGACUUCUGUGAUGACUGUUUCAGCUGAAGAUGAGGACACAGGUCGAGAUGGAGAAAUCCAAUACUCCAUAAGAGAUGGUUCAGGCCUGGGGAAAUUCUCCAUUGAUGAGGAAACUGGUGUCAUUCGAACACAAGAACUGCUGGACCACGAGACAACAACGCACUACUGGUUGACAGUUUAUGCGAUGGAUCGCGGUGUGGUGCCGCAGUCUGCUUUUGUCGAGGUCUACAUCGAAGUCCAGGACGUCAACGACAAUGCACCGCAAACCUCCGAACCUGUCUACUAUCCCUCCAUCAUGGAGAACUCUCCCAAAGAUGUGUCAAUCAUUCAGAUAAACGCAGCUGAUCCAGACAGCAAGUCCAGCGAUAAACUCUCGUACAGGAUCACGAGUGGCAAUCCACAGGGUUUCUUUGCCAUUAACACCAAGACAGGUCUGGUUACAACGACUUCAAGGAAACUCGACAGGGAGCAACAAGAUGAGCACAUUCUUGAGAUCACCAUCACCGACCAUGGCACUCCCCCUAAAUCCACCACCGUCCGUGUCAUAGUCCAGGUUCUCGACGAAAAUGACAACAGGCCAUUGUUUCUGGAGAAGAUCUACAAGAUUCAAAUCCCCGAGAGGGAGAGGCCUGAAAGGGAAAGGGCAAUGAGGCGAGACCCGGUUUAUCGGGUGAUUGCAUCAGACCGUGAUGAGGGGCCAAACGCUGAAAUCUCUUACAGCAUCGAAGACGGAGAUGAACAGGGCAAGUUUUUUAUCGAGCCCAAGACCGGCGUGGUGUCAUCCAAGAAGUUCUCUUCUGCUGGAGAAUAUGACAUUCUUACAAUCAAAGCUGUUGACAACGGACGUCCACAGAGAUCCUCCACUUGUCGCUUGCACAUUGAAUGGAUUGUUAAACCGAAAGUGCCGGCCGAUGCAUCUCCCCUUCGAUUCGAGGAGUCUCCCUUCACCUUCUCUGUCAUGGAAAGCGAUCCUGUGGCACACAUGGUGGGCGUCGUCGCCACCGAGUCCUCCGAUGUUCCCGUGUGGUUCGAAAUCACAGACGGCAUAGAGGAUUCUGAGAUGUUUUACAUCCUUCAGAUGGCUUGUGACCACAACUGUACAGCUGAAGGUGGUAAUUACGACAGCCGAUUUGACGUGGGCAAGGCCAGUGGAACCUUGAUCGUGGCACGGCCCCUGGACACCGAGCAGAAAUCAAAUUACAACCUGACGGUGGAAGCCACAGAUGGGACACGAACUGUCAGCACUCAGGUGCUUAUCCGCGUCAUUGACACCAACAACCACCGGCCAGAGUUCUCCCACCACGUCUACGUCGUAAACGUCCCUGAGGACGAGCCAGCUGGGACUGAGGUCCUGCGGAUCAGCGCCAUGGACAGGGAUGAGAAAAACAAACUGACCUUCACACUCCUGAGCAGCACAGAUCCAUUCAGCCUCAGGAAGUUUCGACUGGACCCGGGAACAGGCACUCUGUACACCACGGAGCGACUCGACCACGAGACUAUGCAUCGUCACAUCCUCACCGUCAUGGUUCGAGAUCAGGACAUUCCAGUAAAGAGGAAUCUUGUACGCAUUAUUGUCAACGUGGACGACACAAACGACAACGCCCCCUGGUUCAUAGGCACGCCUUACUCCGGCCGUGUGUUCGAGUCUGCGGCCGUGGGCUCAGCCGUGCUGCAGGUCACUGCCCUCGACAAAGACAAGGGUCAUAACGCUGAAGUUGUUUACAGCAUUGAAUCGGGGAAUGUUGCAAACUCCUUUGCUAUUGAUCCUGUGCUUGGGACAAUCACAGUGGCCAAAGAACUUGAUCGCGGCAGCAAGACAGCGUUUGAAGUCAUUGUUAAGGCUUCCGAUAGUGGAACACCCCCGCUGUCCACCACCACUACCGUGAACAUUGUGGUGACAGUGUCGGACAACGCAGCCCCCAGAUUUACCGAAAAGGAGUUCUCUGCAGAAAUCAGUGAAUCGGCCAAUCCAGGAAGUUUUGUGAGCUCCAUCGCAGCCGUCAGCCAGUCCUCUGUUUUCUAUCAAAUAAAAGGCGGCAAUAUCGACAGCGCUUUUGAUAUAAAUCCAAACUCUGGAGUGGUUGUAACGCAGCAAACUUUAGAUUAUGAAACCAUUCCCCAGUACAAGCUUAUCAUCCAGGGCACCAACAUGGCUGGACUCGCCAGCAAUGCCACACUUCUCAUUCAUCUAAAAGACGAAAAUGACAAUCCUCCAGUCUUUAUCCAGAGGGAAUUCAGGGGAGUGAUAAGCGAGUCGGCCCCCAUCAACAGUGUUGUUCUGACCCACGAAAACACCCCUUUUGUCAUUCAUGCCUCUGAUGCUGACUGUGACCAGAAUGCCAGGCUCAUUUAUCAAAUCGUAGAACCUUUUGCUCUUAACUAUUUCGCCAUUGACUCAAGCACUGGGGCCAUCAGAACCACAACAGCUUUGGAUUACGAGCAGAAGACUGUUUUCCACUUCUCCGUUCAGGUCCACGAUCUCGGGAUGCCACGACUGUUUGCAGAGACGGCGGCCAACGUGACCAUUGAGGUCAUCGACGUUAACGACUGCUCGCCCGUUUUCAGUCAAGAGCUGUACGAGGCAGCAGUCAUUGUCCCAACAUACAAAGGUGUUGAAGUUAUUCAAGUCAACGCAACAGACUCAGACUCUGGGCCCAACUCCAAGCUUCUCUUCUCCAUCUCCGAGGGGAAUAUCGGGGAUAAAUUCAAGAUGGAUCCAGUGACAGGGAUUAUUUCAAUACAGAACGUCACGCAGCUCAGGAGCAGAUAUGAAUUGAAGGUUCGAGUUUCUGACGGCAGGUUUGCCUCCAUCGCUGGGGUGAAGAUCAGUGUGAAGGAAAACAAGGAGAGCAAGGUGAAGUUCACCCAGGAGUCCUACAAAGCUUACGUCCAAGAAAAUUCUUCGGACAGGAAAACACUGGCAGUCGUCGCUGCCGUUGGGAACCAAGUGAAUGAGCCUUUGUUCUACAGAAUUUUGAACCCAGACAGCAGGUUUAAAAUCAGCCGCACAUCCGGGGUUGUAUCAAGCACUGGGAUCCCGUUUGAUCGUGAAGAACAGGACACGUACGAUAUUGUUGUUGAGGUCUCAGGAGAAGACAAAGAUAAAGAUCCAGCUCAUGUUUUAGUAACUGUGGUUGUGGAAGAUGUAAAUGACAAUAAGCCUAUGUUUGUCAACCUUCCAUAUCACGGCCUGGUUCAGAAGGACGCAGAGGAAGGCCAGGUUAUCCGACAGGUUGCAGCAGUGGACAAAGAUGCAGGUUCAAAUGCAGAUAUAAGUUAUUACGUAAAAGAGCAUCAGGAGAACUUUGCAAUCAGCCCUUCCGGUGAAAUCUCGCUCAAAAAGAAGUUUGAGAAAGACUCUCUCAACAAAGACUUUGUCAUAGUCAUAGUGGCAAGGGAUAAUGGAGAACCGCCUCUCUCAGCAGAAGCAGAAGUGCCAGUAAGAGUGGUGAACAAAGCAGUGCCUGUGUUUGAAAGGUCCUUUUACAGCAUUGAAAUCCCUGAAAACAUUCAGCUGCACUCCCCUGUGCUCCAUGUGCAGGCCAAUGAUUCCGAAGGCCCCCGUAUUGUGUACACCAUCUCCGAGGGAGAUCCUUUCAAACAGUUCUCGAUUGACUUCAACACAGGAGUCAUUCAUGUAAUUCGACCUUUGGACUUUGAGAAACAUCCCGCCUAUAAGUUAAACGUACGAGCCACAGACUCCCUGACUGGAGCACACUCUGAGGUGUUUGUUGAUAUCAUACUGGAGGACGUGAACGACAAUGCCCCCGUUUUCCUGUCAAGGGCCUACUAUGCCAAUAUUUCCGAGGCCUCCGUCAUUGGCACAUCUAUUUUGCAGGUGCGUGCAAAAGAUUCUGACACUGGCAGUAACCAAGAAGUAUUCUUUCAGCUAGUUGAGGAACAGGGGAAGAGUUCCGAUUAUUUUACCAUCGACCGUGAUUCAGGAGUAAUCUCUACAGCUCAGGCUCUUGACUAUGAAGAGACCCAGCAGCACAGAUUGAGAGUCCGAGCAGUGGAUUUGGGAAUUCCAGCCCUUUCCAGUGACGUCGUUGUGACGAUAGAUGUGACUGACCUGAAUGACAAUGCUCCCAUGUUUACAGAGCACACUUACACAACCACUAUCAGCGAAUUAGCCCCCCGUGGACACUUCAUCAGCCAAGUCCAGGCAUCUGAUGCCGACAGCUCAGAUGCAGACAAGUUGGAGUUCUCAAUCUUAUCUGGAAACGAAGAGCAGAACUUCGCCAUCAACAAACUAACUGGUGCCAUCACUGUUUCAAACCACCGCCGGCCACACAUGCAGCCUUUUUACAACCUGAAUGUGUCAGUGUCUGACGGUGUGUUCAGGAGCUCGGCCCUCGUCACGGUAAUAGUCGUUGGUGCCAACUUCCACAAUCCCACUUUCUCCCAGACGGAUUAUUUAGUAGAGCUUGUUGAGAACUCACCUGUGGGGACCUUGGUAGCAGAAGCACAGGCAACAGAUGAAGAUGAAGGCAUUUAUGGCCAAAUAACAUACCACAUUGUCAACGACUUUGCUAAAGACAAGUUCUCCAUCAAUGAAAAAGGAGAGAUUUUCACCCUUGAAAGCCUCGAUCGUGAAAAAAACGAUGAAAAGGUUAUUCCCAUCUCCCUGAUAGCUAAAGAUGGCGGUGGAAAAGUUGGGUUUUGUAUCAUCAAUGUCAUUGUCACAGAUGCCAAUGAUAAUGCUCCACAAUUCAGAGCAGUUGAAUACAAAGCUACCGUUGCCUCAGAUGUCCCAAGGGGAACCUCUGUGCUUAAAAUUGCUGCUUCUGACAUGGACGAGGGAAGUAAUGCAGACAUCGAGUAUUCACUGGAAGCAGAUGUGGAAAAUGUGGUGGAGAAUUUUGAAAUCCAUAAAACCUCUGGGGUUAUUGUUACCAAAGAAAGCCUUAUUGGACUUGAAAAUGAGCUCUACGCAUUCUUUGUGAGAGCAAAGGAUACUGGGAAUCCACCCAAGCAUUCAGUUGUCCAGGUUUACAUCAGGAUCGUCUCAUCAGAGACAUUAAUUCCCAAAUUUGCCGAACCAUAUUACCGUCACACUGUUGCAGAGGACCUUGCCAUCGGCACAGAGAUAGAUGUGAUUCAGGCUGGAGGCAAGCAACCGCUCCUUUACAGCCUCGUGAAAGGCGACACUCCCGAGAGCAAUGGGGAUGAAGUGUUUGUUGUAGACAGAGACAGUGGGGCCUUGAAGCUGCAGAAGAGCCUUGACCAUGAGACAACCAAAUGGUAUCAACUCAGUUUGAUUGCAGAAGCCAAAUAUGAGAAUCAUGAGAUCAUUUCCUCUGUAAAUGUAAACAUCCAAGUUAAAGAUGUCAAUGACAACAAGCCGCUUUUUGAGGCCGACCCGUAUGAAGCCUUGAUUGUUGAAAACCUCCCAAGUGGGACUCAAGUCAUUCAAGUGAAAGCCACCGACCUCGACUCGGGAACCAACGGCAACGUCGUGUACAGCCUGGACCCCAAGCAGGACUCGCAGGAAAUAUCGGAGCUGUUUGCAGUCAACAGUGAAACAGGAUGGGUGACCACCUUAAAAGAGCUUGACCGUGAACAAACGGCCAAAUACAAAAUCGCCGUCCUCGCCACUGACCAAGGCGAGGCGGUUCAACACGUAACCGGCACCACGGUGGAGGUAACGGUGGCCGACGUGAAUGACAACCCCCCGCGUUUCACUGCAGAGAUCUACAAGGGAACAGUCAGUGAAGACGACCCGCCCCCCAGCGGCGUGAUUGCCAUCCUCAGCACCACAGAUGACGAUUCUGAAGACAUUAACAAACAAGUGAACUACUUUAUCACGGGAGGAGACCCACUCGGCCAGUUUGCCAUCGAACAUAUCCAGAAUGAAUGGAAGGUGUCUGUCAGGAAACCUUUGGACCGUGAAGUGAGAGACAAUUAUCUCCUCAACAUUACUGCCAGUGACGGCAUCUUCACAGCCAAGGCUGUGGUGGAGGUCAAGGUGCUCGACGCCAAUGACAACGACCCAGUAUGCGAACAGUCCCUCUACAGUGAAAGCGUCCCCGAGGACUCCGCAAGCGGCAGGCUCAUCUUGCAGGUCUCUGCCACAGACGCUGACAUCCGUUCAAACGCCCAAAUCUCCUACGAGCUCCAGGGAGUUGGAUCCGAAUUGUUCAUCAUUGACUCCGAGACAGGGGAACUGAAGACCUUGCAUCCCCUGGACCGCGAGGAACAGGAAGAGCACAGGUUCAAAAUGCGAGCAGUGGACGGAGGAGGGCGGUACUGCGAAGCUGACAUUCACAUAACGGUCGAGGACGUCAAUGACAACCCUCCGCAGUUCUCAUCCGAUCCCUACACCAUCACCGUCUUUGAGAACACAGAGACGGGCACAUUUGUUGCAAAACUGCUGGCAAACGACAUUGACGCUGGUCUUAACAGCGAGAUCCUCUACUCGCUGAUCAACUCUGCUGAUGGAUUUUUCUUAGUUGACGAGCACACCGGUGUAAUAAGUCUGGAGCGUCCACUGGACCGCGAGGUGCAGUCAGUGUAUGAGCUGAAGGCCCGCGCCACCGACCAGGGCUCUCCACGCCUCUCCUCCACCUGCGAGGUGGUGGUCUCCGUCCUGGACAUCAACGACAACCCACCGGUGUUUGAGCAUCGUGAAUACGCAGCAACCGUGUCUGAGGAGGUGGCCGUGGGCACUCAGGUGCUCAGAGUGCAAGCAGCCAGCCGCGACUCGGAUGCCAAUGGAGAAAUCUCCUACAGCAUCAUCAGUGGGAAUGAGCACGGCAUGUUCAGCGUUGAUCCACGCACAGGUGACGUCUUUGUGAUUGAGCCGUUGGACUACGAGGUCUCCCAUGAAUACUACGUUACCAUCGAGGCUAAAGACGGCGGUUCCCCCCCACUCAGCGACAUGGCAACCGUAAACAUCAACGUGACUGAUGUCAACGACAACAAACCCAUCUUCAACCAGGACGUGUACACGGUCGUUAUCAGCGAGGACAUCGAGCUUGGAAAGGCUGUCUUGGUGGUGAUAGCUGAGGAUUUUGAUGGGCCCUCUUACAAUCAUAUCCAGUACUCCAUUGUGGACGGUAACCAGGGCAGCCCCUUCACCAUCGACCCGCUACGAGGGGAGCUUAAAGUCGCCCGCCAGCUGGACAGAGAGAGAACAUCUGGAUACACUCUGAUGGUGGUCGCCUCAGACAACGGGGUGCCUCCUCUCUCCAGCAGUGCCAAGAUCAACGUUGACAUCUCAGAUGUCAACGAUAACCCACCCCUUUUCUCCCAGGCCAACUACAGUCUCAUCAUCCAGGAAAAUCGGCCACAAGGCACGAGUGUUCUUCAGCUUGCCGUAAGCGACCGAGACGCAUCUCACAACGGCCCACCUUUCACCUUUACCAUUGUGGAUGGGAAUGAGGGCGAUGCUUUCCGCAUCAAUCAGCAGGGAGCUCUUGUGACUGUGGGCGCGCUGAACAGGAAGACUAAAGAACACUACCUACUUGAAGCACAGGUGUCGGACAGCGGGAAGCCCCAGCUCUUCUCCACCGCCUUCAUCAGUGUCCGUAUAAUUGAGGAAAGCAUCUACCCUCCAGCCGUGCUUCCACUCGACAUUUUUGUAUCCAUAGCCGGUGAUGAAUACCCCGGAGGUGUCCUGGGCAAGAUCCACGCCACCGACCAAGACAUCUACGACACUCUCACCUAUAGCCUCGCCCCUUCAGCUUCGCCAUCCACGGAUGAGAGCGGUGCCUUGUUUUCAGUCUCCGCCUCUGACGGCAAAGUCAUCGCCGUGCAGCCGCUGGACGUGGGUCACUACCCGCUCAAUGUGACGGUGACGGACGGACGCUUCACAACACCCGCUGACGUCACUGUGCACAUUCGUCAAGCAGCUCGUCAGGCCCUGGAUAACUCCGUUGCGGUGCGCUUUGCAAACAUCGCCCCUGAGGAGUUCAUCGGAGACUACUGGCGCAACUUUCAGCGAGCGCUGAGAAACAUCGCUGGAGUUAGGAGGAGUGAGGUUCAGUUGGUGAGCUUGCAACCAUCAGAGCAAGGAGAUCUGGAUGUCCUGCUGACCCUGGAGAGAUCUGGCAGCCCGUACCAGUCUCAGGAGGUCGUCUUCCGGAAACUGAACUCCUCUGCAGCCGUGAUCGAGGAGAUGACUGGGGUCCGCAUCGUGCGGGUGGUGCAGAAGCUCUGCGCAGGUCUGGACUGCCCGCUGCACUUCUGCGAUGAGGUCAUCAGUCUGGAUAAAACAGCCAUGACCACUUACAGCACGGCCCGCGUCAGCUUUGUCACCCCGCGACACCAGAGGAAGGCGACCUGCCAAUGUGACGGUGGCAGAUGUCCUGCGUUUAAUGACCUGUGCGACAACAACCCCUGUCCGGAGGGUAUGGAGUGCAUCGCAAAUCCCAGAGAAACCGUGUACAGCUGUGUGUGUCCUGAAGGGAAGAAGGGCAAAUGCUCUGAUGGCCACUCGCUGACGUUCAGUGGAAGCGGUUAUGUGAAGUACCAUCUGAUGGACAAUGACAACAAGGAGCUGAUGAAACUUUCACUGAGGCUCAGGACCUUCUCCAACCAUGCCACGGUCAUGUAUGCAAAAGGGACAGACUACAGCAUCCUUGAGAUAGUGAACGGCCGUCUGCAGUACAAGUUCGACUGUGGGAGCGGCCCCGGCCUGGUGUCGGUCCACAGCACUCAAGUUAAUGACGGGGAGUGGCACUCCGUUACCCUGGAGGUGGACGGAAACUAUGCCAAACUGGUGCUGGACCGGGUGCACGCUGCCUCUGGCACGGCCCCGGGCACUCUGCGCACCCUCAACCUUGACAACAGCAUUUACUUUGGCGGACACGUACGCCAGCACGCCUCCGCCCGCCUUGGACGCAGCCUCCCCGUCAUAAACGGGCUCCGCGGCUGCAUCGAGGCGAUCACGCUGAACAACCUGGAGCUGCCUCUCAACACCAGGGCUCAGCGGGCCCAUGCAGUUCUGGAGGACAUUGUGGACGUGACUCCAGGCUGCGCACUGGCACCUGCUGAGAGCUGCUCCAGCAACCCCUGCACCAAUGGAGGGAGCUGCACCUCGCUGCCUAAUGGAGGCUACUUCUGCAAGUGUCCUGCUUCUUUCAUGGGCACACACUGUGAGAUUCCCAUAAGUCCUUGUGCCUCCAACCCUUGCCUGUAUGGCGGUACCUGUGUGCCUCGUGCAGAUGACUUCUACUGCCAGUGCAGAGGGCAGUACUCAGGACAGAGGUGCCAGUUAGGACCGUACUGCAGAGACAACCCCUGCAAAAACAACGGAAAGUGCAUCGACAGUCUGGAUGGUCCAGUGUGUGAGUGUGAAGCAGGCUUCCAAGGAGACAGGUGCCUGACUGACGUGGACGAGUGCAUGAAGAACCCCUGCAGCAACGGGGGCCAGUGCCAGAACACUUACGGCUCCUUUAACUGUAACUGCUCACUGGGUUUCAACGGGCAGAUGUGUGAGAUCCGGGCUGAGGUCCGAAACGAAUUUGUUUCCACGUCCUGGAACAUCGGCUUGGAGGAGGUGAUUGGCAUCGUGGUCUUUGUGUCCAGCAUCUUCAUACUUGUCCUCCUCUUCAUCAUCAUCCGGAAGAAGGCCUGUCGCAGGAAGUCAAAGACAGACAACAAUGGCAAGCUUCCAGGAUCUUCAAACAUGCCCCCCUCCUUCCUCCAGAGACCUUACUUUGAUGCCAAACUCAACAAGAACAUCUACUCGGACGUCCCUCCCCAGGUGCCAGUGCGUCCCAUCUCCUACACUCCCAGCAUUCCAAGCGACUCGCGGAACAACUUGGACAGAAACUCAUUCGAAGGCUCAGCCAUCCCAGAGCAUCCCGAAUUCACAACCUUCAACCCAGAUUCUGUGCAUGGACAUCGCAAAACAGUGGCCGUCUGCAGCGUAGCACCCAAUCUCCCUCCUCCCCCUCCCUCCAACUCUGUGUCAGACAGCGACUCCAUCCAGAAGCCAAACUGGGACUAUGAUUAUGACGCUAAAGUGGUGGACUUGGACUCGUGUCUGACCAAGAAGGCGGUGGAGGACAGCGCCUGUCAGCCCUACAACACCAGAGGCAGCAUGUCUGAGGUCCAGUCCCUCAGCUCCUUCCAGUCAGAGUCCUGUGACGACAACGAGUCUGUUUUGGCUCAUGAUCUCAAGAACCCAAGAGGAUAUCACUGGGACACCUCUGAUUGGAUGCCAAGUGUUCAACUUCCUGGAAUCCAGGAGUUUCCACAUUACGAGGUUGUGGAAUCGCCCGCCCCUCUGUACAACGACCCGAACGCCAUCGACACCGACUAUUAUCCUGGCGGCUUUGACAUUGAGAGUGAUUUCCCUCCGCCGCCAGAAGACUUUCCUGCUAACGACGACCUGCCACCACCACCUCUGCCAGAGUACAGCGACCGAUGUGACACUCUGCGACCCAUCGGCAGAGACUUGGAUCCGCCCGGUUCAGGCAGCCCCGGCGUGAUGCGCCAGCGCCCGGCCUUGCCCCAGCUCUACAGCCUUAACCAGUAUCUGCCGCAUCACUCCUACCCCAGUGAAGGGGGUGAAACCGAGGGCCAGGGUGCCACCUCUGCUACCGUCACCCCUGCAUCCACCAUGGGCACCGGCGGUUACAGAGGGGGCUACCCUUUAGGUUGUAGUCGGGACUUUGACGCUUCAGCUCUGGACAACAUGUCCAUGUCUCUGUACACAUCCACAGCCUCGUGCUCAGACAUGUCGGCGUGCUGCGAGGAGUCGGAGGCGAUGAUAAGCGACUACGAGAGCGGUGAUGAAGGCAACUUUGAUCAGUUGGCCAUCCCGGCGCUGGACUCCCAACAGCACACUGAAGUCUGACACUGGACCCCCCCUCCCCAAAAAAGUGCCUGAACCCACAGCUACACCCGACGGUAGCCCUUGACACACCACCAACACCAAACACGCACACACAGAAGGGUACGACACACUUCAGUUCAUGCAGAGGGGUUGAUCUGAGUUCGGGAGUGAUUCUGGAGUCUCUUUACAUCUGCUUAAAUCAGCGCCCUUUGAGUUGGCGGUACCAUCACCUUAAAGGGGAAAUAUUAUGCUUUUGUGUCAGAAGUCAAUAUAAAGUGGUGCCUAAAUACAAAAAAUAACAAAAAAACUAACCAAAAAAAAUACCGUUUGGGCCAAAAUAUCAGGCAUCAGACUUUUCUAACCAUUGUUUUCCUAUGUUAGUGUCCAGCUGAUGUCAGCUGUCAUAAAUUUCCUCAUAUGGUCGCCUGUGCCAGUACAGUCUAAUUAGUCUUUUUGGUAAAUGUAUGUACAUGCUCCCACGAAACCUCUUUGAGUACUAUAGCUAGCAUUUUAAGUACUGCAGCAUUCAAAUAUAGGAGCAUACUAUGCAAUUAUUUGAUGACAGCAGAGUAACAUGUUUGUGGCUGAGAUAUUGUUGGUCUUUAAAGAUAAAAGAUGGAAAUGGUAACUGGCAUGUUUUAUUUUUAACAACUUGUUUACAGGCUGCAGUUGAACGUGUAAAUCCAUUGUUGCCCACUCUCAAACUGAUAUUUUUUUUUUCCAUCUCAGUCAGUAAGCUUUUAUAAAAGAGAUUUUUAAAGGUCAGUGUCCUGGUUAAAUAAGGUUGAAUUGAAUUCUAUGUCAAAUUGAGACGCCUAAAAACUGAUGCAUAAGGUUCCAGUUCCACUCAAAGCUUAUACAUUAUUGCUGUGUAUGUUUACAAUUUGUUCUCUGGCCUUUCACACUGGCAGGAAAGUAGGCUGUGCUCGUGUUUAAAGAUGUGCACCAAGCCGGCUAAUCAGAGGAAAGUUGACUGCUAGGGAGGCGGACAGGAUCUAAAGGCUUCUCUGAAGCAGUGGAUGAACUGAGGGAAUGAAUCGUGCAAAGCAAAGCUACUCUUGUCUUGGCAUGAACAGACAGCUUGAAAUGAGCAUAAUAUGUCCCCUUUAAAUACCCUUCAUCUCACACAGGAAGAGGAUUUUUAAAAGGUCCAACAUUUCACUGUACAAGAAAAAAAAUCAUGAUAAAAAGAAGAACAUAUCUUUGUUUCUAUAAACAAAACCAAGCAAAAUGUGUUUUAUACAAGUCCUCAUUUUCAAUGUAAAUUUAAAUGUACAGUUUUGAUUUCAAAGUUUACUAGGUUUUGUAGAUAUUCUAUGCUUUUAUUUUCAACAAAAAAAAAGAGUUAAAUGGUGUGACAUCAGCCUUACUGUGCUUACAUUCACUAAAAAAAUAAACAUGAAAAGAAAAGAGAAGAGCGUGGCUUUUCUGAACACAGUGUACUCGUAAAGUUUAUUGUCUCUUGCUCAUUUCAAAAAGGGUCUUCAAUGAACGACUGCAUAUUCUUGUGUAAUUUUCUUUUUUUUAAUUUGUUUGUUUGUACAUUUUGACUUCGAAACCUCUUUAUUUUUUCACCAAGAUAAUGGGACCCAAUAUAUUUAUAGUGCAAAGUUAUCCAUGGACACAUGACUUCUUCAGGUGUCUGUGUGUGUCUGAGCAACGUUAUGGUCUUGUUGAGGUUUUUAUUGAAUACUGCCACAAGCUCACGCUUUCCUACUGGCAAUAAAUUAUUCCUAAAAAAUA